AGUCAAAAUGCGCAGACGUUAUUGGUCCCUCUUCCUCUCCGGGUUUCCGCAGCACCUGACGCCUGCGCAAUAAGUUGGGUGGCUGUAUUGUGGCGGCCGCGUUAGUUUACGGCGCCGCGCAGUCUGCGGGCGUUACUGGGCUGCGCGCCGCCGAGUAGUUACAUCUAGGUGCGGGUGGCCCUGUGGCCAGCGGCGCGGGCCUGCCUUUGUUCGCCGGCCCCAAGAUCUGUGAGCGGCCAAGAUGUCGAUCUUCACCCCCACAAACCAGAUCCGCCUGACCAAUGUGGCCGUGGUACGGAUGAAGCGAGCCGGGAAGCGCUUCGAAAUCGCCUGCUACAAAAACAAGGUCGUGGGCUGGCGGAGCGGCGUGGAAAAAGACCUUGAUGAAGUGCUACAGACCCACUCAGUGUUUGUAAAUGUCUCCAAAGGUCAGGUUGCAAAGAAGGAAGAUCUCAUCAGUGCGUUUGGAACAGAUGACCAGACUGAAAUCUGUAAGCAGAUUUUGACUAAAGGAGAGGUUCAAGUGUCAGAUAAGGAACGGCACACGCAGCUGGAGCAGAUGUUUAGGGACAUUGCAACUAUUGUGGCCGACAAAUGUGUGAACCCUGAAACAAAGAGACCAUACACCGUUAUCCUUAUUGAGAGAGCCAUGAAGGACAUCCACUAUUCAGUCAAACCCAACAAGAGCACGAAACAGCAGGCUUUGGAAGUGAUAAAGCAGUUAAAAGAGAAAAUGAAGAUAGAACGCGCUCACAUGAGACUUCGGUUCAUCCUUCCAGUGAAUGAAGGGAAGAAGCUGAAAGAAAAACUCAAGCCACUGAUCAAGGUUAUCGAAAGUGAAGACUACGGUCAACAGUUAGAAAUUGUGUGUCUCAUUGACCCCGGCUGCUUCAGAGAAAUCGAUGAGCUCAUAAAAAAGGAGACAAAGGGCAAGGGCUCCUUGGAAGUACUCAACUUGAAAGACGUGGAAGAAGGAGACGAGAAAUUCGAGUGACCGUCACCCAUCUCUUCAGCUAGCAAACACUAAAGCGUUUUCAUUUCCCACAGUCCUGUUUUCUUUGUGUGAUCAGCCAAAUACUUGUUCAGAUGAGUUGCUGUUUUGCAUCUUUGUGGCAAACGUGUACACAAAAAGACGUUCCUCAGUAAGUAUGAUGUGGGAUUCAUUCAGUUUUAAUUAUAAAAUGGGGUUUUAGGCAAAAGUGAAAAUCCAAGAUAAAAGUCCAGAGAAGUAUUCAGUUGCUGCCUCAUGCCUUUGUAGCUUUCCCAGGUGAAAGUUAUUUGAGACAACUCUUUCGGAUAAAAAGUUAAAUUUUGUACAUUGUAAGAAAUUAGGAGGGUAUAUCUGUAUGACCGAAAAGGAGGAUUUGCCAAAAAAGAAAACAGAAUGUCUUAUUUCUACUUAGUGAAAUGUGUGUAUGGGGGUAACUGUAUCAUGACAUAAUAUAAAACUUGGAUGAUGACUUCCUGAUUUUCUGAAAAAUAGAUAUAUGAUGACUGCAGGACUUUAAUAUUCAUCAAACAUGCUGCCAUAACUUAGAUUAUUCUUGGUAAAAUAUAAAGUCAUUUAUUUCUAAUUCCGAAAGUUUAUAAUAUAUAUUAUUAGAGCUGAAAUCUUAUGUAAAUCAAUAAACCACUUUUUAUUUUUGUUAAGCUAUGGCUUGUAUUUCUAGACAGCUUCCUAACUCCCUUUAUUUUCGCUGCCUUUUGUCUGGUAGAAUGGGCGAGUAUGGGCAAGUUCUUAGCAGGAUUAAACUUGUUUGUUUGGGGGGAGGGGGUUGUUCGAGGUGGGCUUGUUCUGUUAAAUACCUGGUAAAUCUUAGUGAAAAUAAUUUGGGAUGUAAUUGAAUUUGAGUAUUAAUAUUUAAGCACUUAAAUAGACAACGUAAAAGUUGUUUAAAAUCUGCUUAUCUUCAAAAGAGAUAGUCUAAAACAUAAAGUAGGGUUUCACUCAAAAUAAAUAUACAGAUCAGAUGUAUUUUAUGGACGGAAGUAUUUUUAAGUGCAAAAGAUUUCUUGACCUGAACAAGUCUUGAUUGGUUUUAUAAGCACAUAGAAUCCACUGCUAAUACGAGCUCUCAGAAGUGCCCCAAUUUAAAGAAACUUCAAUUGAAAUGAUGAACUCACAACGUUCAUCAUUUUUUCUCAAAUUUUUUUGAGAAAAAAAAUUAUCAAAUUUUUUCUCAUAACGUUAGAAGAAAUAUUUUUGUUGUUGAAUAACAUGGGACACACACUUUAAUGCUGAAAUCUGAUACAGUCUUCAAGAUCCCCCUCACUGAUUCCGUUUUACUUAUAUAAUUUGUUUUUAAUGAAGAUAAUCGAAACUUGAAAUCCUGGCAAAAAAUUUGAACCAAUGAGGUUUACAUUUUUUAUUUUUAGCUUAAACAGAUAAAGCUAUGUUUCAGAUCAGAAGUCAUAAUUGCUAAAAAUGUUCAACAGCUGCAUAUCAAAGAGAAAAAGAUAAAUGUUACUACAAGACUGCCUUAAGUUUUUCCCGUUCUCAUACUCAUUUCUUCUAAAAAGCUGGAACUUCAAGAAAUGUCAAAUGUAGACCAAUCUGAGUUAUGUUUCUGAACCUAUGACAAAUAAAAAAAUGUUUACCUUA